AUGGGACUAACUUUAACGCCAUCGAUUCAGAUGAAGCCAGUGUUACUCAAACGAGCCAGAAGGAAUCCCCGGGUCAACUCGGUCCAGCUGGGUUUCUACAUGGACAAUGUGCCCUCGGUACAGGAUCUUAAGACCUUUUUCCCUGGUGUUCAGUCAAUACUGUACUAUGCACCUGACCCUGUAAUUCUAGACUUUGAAGAGAGUGGCAGGAUGAAAGCAUACACCCAGGGCAUUGUGCUGGAAAUAAAGGGAAGACGAUUAAAUGCUGCUGCCACUAGAGAAAACGUAGAUGUGUUUGUGGGGGCGGGGCGAUGUAAGGUGACUAGUGUUAACGAGGAAUCUAUAUACUGUAACCCUCCCACUGAUCAACCCGCUCUACGAGACGACGGAAGUCAGCGAUCAGACGGAAUUCCUCGUGUAUUUGUCAAGUUUGGAAAUCUAGAGAAGAUGGUGGGGUUCCUGAAAUACAAAGAAGCAGAGGAAAAGAACCUGAUAGUGUACACAGUUAGAGAGAAGCUAAUAAGCUUUGUGUAUAGCGCAGCAUUCCUAUCCACAUGCAAGUACAGGUCUAAACUCUAA